AACAACUACUGCCAAAUCAUUAAUAUACCUCCUCAAAUAUAUUACACUAAUACAUGUUCUAUUUACGAACAUGGCCAUAAAUUGUAGAUGUAGUUGGCUUGCUAAUUGGAGUUGAGGAGAAAACCUGGGUCAAUGUUGGAUUACAAAGAACCCCAAUACGAAGGAUUCAAAUUGAAGAUCAAUGGUAAAAUAGAAAUUUAAUGUCAACACACACAAUACAUAUACAGAUCCUGACAAAAACUUAUUACCACUAUAUAUGCAGCAACACCAAGGUUGUGGUUACUUUGUGGGGAGCAAAAGCUGACUUGAUAGACACUCACAUAACACAGGAUUAAGACAACUUCAAAGUACUACUCAUCACCUCAACAAAAGUGAGUAUGUAUCAAGGAAACUAUCAGUUGAACUCUACAAAUGCAACGCAGAUACACAUCAACCUGCCAAUUCCAGAAAUAGAAGGUUUCAAGCAAGGGCCUGAACCGAGAACACCUAUUAAACAACUGGAGGCUAAACCACACGAGACACUAGAACAAGCCAUGUUCAAGAACAGAAAAAAGAUACAAGAUAUUCUGCAAAUGGAUCCACAAACAAAGGACAUGUUCACCAUCAGUGCCACAAUCAUGAGCAUCCACCUUGACAAAAAGUGGCAUUACAACUCUUGUGACGCAUGUAAGAAAAAGAUAGAUGAAACAUUCUACUGUACCAAUUGCGAGGUGGUGGUCAAAUACCCAAAAACAAGGUAUCUUUUGACGGUUGAUAUAGAUGAUGGAACUGCAUGUAUCCCAAUGGCAUUGUUCGAUAAGGAGGCUGAAAUAGUCGUCGGAAGUCCGAUACACAAACUUCUUGAACUACAGAAAAAUGACAAUGGCAAAGAUAACGUGUUAGAUCGCCUACAACAUUGUGUUGGGAAACAAUUUGCAUUUAAGGUGAAGCAGAGUACAAGAAGUGAAACAACAGAGCUCAUCUGCCAAAAGACGUUCCACAUAGAUUACCAAUUAGAAAAGUCUUACAAAGAACUACAAGGUGCAGAAGUGGAACAAAAUGUAGCAAAAAAGCAACUCAUGGAUAAAGCCUCAGACACUAUUCAAGUAGAAACAUCACUCUUGGAUAAUGCCACAGGAUCGAAGCCUGAAGUGGAAAGUGACCUGCUAGAAAAAAGGCUACUCCUGGAUAAAGCCUCAGACACAACUACUGGAGUAGAAACACCACUCUUGGAUAACGCCACAGGAACGAACACUGAAGUGGCAAGGCACCUGCUGGAUAACGCCUCAAAAAAGGACACUAGAGUGGAAAGGACUGCAAGGAAGAGAAACAGAAAUGAAAUGGAGACAGACAAAGAAACAACUACAACCGUCAACCGUGAAAACUAAAACAAGCAUGGGUAAACGAAGACACAACCAUGCCAAGUGGAGACACGGCCACAUUAAGUUAUGCACCAAAUAAGAGGAAUACCCUCAAUAAUUCCAACAAAUACAAUAAUAGUUUACUUUAUCAUGUUUAAGAUACAAUUUAGAAUUCGAGUAAAGAUUCGACCAAAAUUCAAAAGACAAUUGUACGUCUCCAGGGAAUUUCACUUUAUAGACAAGUUUUACAUUUUCGUUUAUUAA